GCCGUUAGAGGCAUCACAGAAGAAAUAUCGGAUCCAAAGCCUCCUCAGGAAAUAAUCACCAGUCAGGUGUAUGUGCAUGAGCACAAAAAUCAAGACAUUGUCAAGACCGUCAUAUUUCGGGCUAUUGUCUAUUAUGAUUAUCUUGGUUUUUUGCAAGCGUUGAGUGAAGAAACAUGCAACAGCGUAGAGAAUCAAACGGAAUCAAGUAUUGCCAGUCCGGUUCCCGAACUCUCGAACCUAACCACCGAAAUUGUUGAACAAAUCGCAAAAGAUUCAUCGUCUAUAUUGCGCAAACUUAUCAAUUUUCCUUCAUCUCAGCUAUACGAUUCAGCAACUUCAACUUUAUUGUCAUAUUCACCAGAAACAGAAUUAUCACAAUAUGAUUUUGCAAGUUCGGAUGCGCCAACUCAUGAUGAAUCAUCUGAGAAUUUGGUAUUAGAACCAACAGAUCUUGAUAUUGGGAGGCUCGAAAUUAAUCAAAGGCAUAAUUAUUAUUUCAAGUUAGCAAACCGUGGAGACGUUCCUCUAUGUUAUAAAAUAAUAAUUCCAGAAAAUGAAAGUACUUUUUUCCAAUUUACCCAACUUCGUGAUACAUUGGAACCUCAUGAAACACGUCGUUUAGAUUUUUCCCUGAUCACAAAUGAAAUAGGGCGUCAGACGCAUUCGAUAAUCAUCCAAAACUGUGAGACAAAAUCUGAAUUCAGUUUUACGCUUCAUGGGUACAUUCAUUAUUCUCAUUAUCUGCGGUUUCCCUCACUUGGUGAUGAUGGACAAUCCGAGUUGAAUUUAGGGUACUGCUAUGUUGACCCAGGCAGAAAAUACUCUCAGGUCACUCCUCUGCUGGUGGAAAAUAUCACUGAUGACGAUGUUUACAUAACUUGCCAAA